UCCUGCUCUGUUCAAUAGCAAUGUCGACUUCUGGGACUCUGAGCAAUUAUUAUGUGGACUCCUUCAUAAUUCACGAGGGUGACGAUCUGGUCCAGUCUAGAUAUGGCUCUGGCUCUCUGGCUCAGCCACCAAGGCAGACAACACUAGGAGAACACCCUGAAUACACUCCGUGCAGCUUUCAAUCUAAAACUUCAGUGUUUAGCAGCCCAUGGAACCCAGUGCACCCUCAGACUGCUAAUAACGUGUCAAGUGUGUACCAUCCCUAUGUGCACCAUCAAGCACCAAUUACAGCUUCAGAUGGCAGGUAUAUGCGCUCCUGGCUGGAUCCCAUGCCAGGAUCAUUGUCUUUCACAGGCUUAACAUCCAGCAGACACUACGGUAUUAAACCUGAGCCGCUUGCAAGCAGGAGGGGGGAUUGCACCACGUUUGAUGCUCACACUCUGUCUUUGUCUGAUUAUGCCUGUGGCUCUCCGGCUGACAAGGAAAAACAAAAUAACGACGGUGCGCUUGCUGCCAGUAGUGGAGAAAGCCUUACAAAUGGAGAGAAGCCUCCCAUUGACCCAAGCAACCCAGCUGCUAAUUGGCUGCAUGCAAGAUCUACCAGGAAAAAACGCUGCCCUUACACCAAGUACCAGACGCUGGAACUGGAAAAGGAGUUUUUAUUUAAUAUGUAUCUCACAAGGGACAGGAGGUAUGAGGUUGCCAGAGUCCUCAAUCUCACAGAGAGACAAGUUAAAAUUUGGUUCCAGAACAGAAGAAUGAAAAUGAAAAAAAUUAACAAGGACCGAUCAAAGGAUGAUUAAAACAAUGGAUGGAUUGACUCAAACAAGCGAUGCUACUGUAUCCAGGCCUCAUUUUUUUUGUUUCCUUCUGAUAAAACGUUUAUCACGUUAACAAAACCCAGAACCAUCGCAGUCAUGGUUCACCAGUGCUAUACAAGAGGUACUGUUUAUUCCUUAAAUUAUUUAACGAACAAGGCAAAGGGGCAUUAGGGUUGGGUUGACUUACAAAACGAAAAAAUCUACCUGUUCUACUUCUACAAAACAGACUACCUUAUUAUUGUGCACAAUUAUAAAUUGACUGUACAGACUAGCCGAGUAGUAGUUAUAAUUAUUAUAAAUAUUAUUAUUUGCUUUUUUUUUGAGCAGCAGGGAAGUCUGCUGGUAUACUUGAAUAAUGUGUUUUAUGUAGUGACUCUGUGACCGAUUUAUGUGCGUGAAUGUCGUACAAAACUGCGAUCUAGGACUAAAUUGAACUCAGGUUGUUUGAAAUAAGGUUAGUUUUAGUACACAAGCUUGUAAUGUUAUUUGUUCUCUCAUUAUAAAUAGAUAUAUAUAUAUAUAGACAGCUAAGUACAUUGUUGGAAGAAGUGUCUGAUUGAUCUAUAAAAUAUUAACCUCAGUAACGUGGCAAUCAAACUUCUGCAACAAUCUGAAAUGUAGUAUACGAUUAGGUGUACCUCUAACGUCAGUCUUGUAUAUUGUCUAUGAAUAAAACUAAAAAAAAUGGACAAAAGCUUGAAAUGUGCAC